CAUAAAUUACCUGUUUAUACUUAGACCUCAAGCUUUCCAUCAAUGGCGAACUCUUCUCUGGCGCUCCUCUCUCUUCUUCUUCUCCUUCUCCCUCUCUCCCUCCUCCUCUUCCUCUACCUCAUCGUCCGGCCGCGUCCCGUGAAAGUCCCCAUCAGCAACCGCCACGUCUUCAUCACCGGAGGCUCCAGUGGCAUUGGCCUGGCUCUAGCUCUCCAAGCCGUCGCAGAAGGCGCCAAGGUCUCCAUACUAGCUCGGAAUGCCGGGAAGCUCGAGGACGCCAAGCACGCGAUACUGCGCGCCACCGGCUGCGGCGUCACGGCGUUCAGCGCCGACGUCAGAGACUACGACGCCGUGAAGAGGGCCGUGGAGGAGGCUGGGCCUAUUGACGUUCUGGUUUGCAAUCACGGAGUGUAUGCAUCGAAGGAGCUGGAGGAUCAGGAGGUCGAGGAGGUGAAGGUGAUGAUUGACGUGAACUUGACAGGGACUUUUCAUCUCAUCAAAGCGGCGUUGCCGGGAAUGAUCAGCCGGCCGGCGAACCGUGGACCUGGAUCAAUUGCCAUCAUGUCGUCUCAGGCCGGCCAGGUUGGCAUCUAUGGGUAUACAGCCUAUUCAGCUAGCAAAUUUGGGCUGAGGGGCAUGGCAGAAGCAUUGCAGCAAGAGGUUAUUGCACACAACAUUCAUGUCUCACUAAUAUUUCCUCCACACACUCAUACUCCUGCCUUAGCUCAAGAGAUGAAAAGGAGGCCACAGAUUACGAGUAAAAUAGCUGUUUCUUCUGGUGCAUUUAUGAAAGCUGAAGAAGUUGCCAAGAAAAGUUUGAAUGGCAUAAAAUGUGGAAGCUUUUCAGUUGCAUGCAACCUGGAGGGCUUCUUUCUCUCCAUAGCUACUGCUGGUCUCUCUCCUCAAACAUCGUUCCUUAUGGCUUUUGUAGAGGCCUGUUUGGCUGGCAUUAUGCGUAUUGCAGCUCUAUGUUUCCAGUGCAAUUGGUACACAAUCAUACAAAAGUGGCACCCAGGAAAUAAGCAGCACCAAAUAAAUACGGAGUACUAAUUUAUUUUAUCUCAUCUCAUGUAUUAUUGCCCCCAGUGGAGUUCACACACCACCCUGUAAUUUGUUGAUUAUGGUUAAUUAACUGAACAUGCUUUAUCCAUUGUCAUGUGAAACCUUAGUUAUAGUUCUUAGCUGUA